UCUUAAGGUCAUUUGACAACACUAGAUGUUCAUCCCUAAAGGCCCAAAGACCGAACAUAGAUAUAAAGUCACGGGCUUUCUUUCAAAGGACUACGGUUUCAGAAGUCGUAACUUGCAACGGAGUCAAUGAAAUGACGAUUGAACUAACCUUUUAUUAUCGAUAUCUUCUAUCAGGCGAUUACCAAUAUUUGUAUAAUAUCGAUUAGUUUCACACAUUCCUGGUGUUUUUCGAAACUAGGCAGAAAAUAAAGCAACGAUUUUGCAAAGAAAGGAUUUAUUUAAUUUUGAAAAAGUAACUAUAGAAAAAGUAAUAUUGUGCAUUUGUAAGAACAGAUAUGUAAUGCAAAUAUAUGUCUUAAAAAUUUAACGUUAUCUAUAUGAGUAACUAAAGAAAUAAAAAAAGUAAAGUGGUUUGGUGUGAGAAAGUUUAUCGACGGCGGCUUGCCUAGCGGAGCCCCAUUCUUGGUUAAAUUCACCGCAUUUGUUACACGUUGAAAACGCUUUAAAUAAUAUGAUGAACUCCACUGUAGCAAAGACGGCGGUCGGAACAACUACAACAACUGCUGCUCAGUUGCUCAGCUCUGCACCAAGCGCUGCUGAGAAAAAUAAACAAUGGCAACGCGAACUGCUUAUGGAACGCAUACGUACGCGCUCCAAUCAACACAAAUCAUUUCCUGAACUUGCGAAGGCUAUGCGUAUGUCCAUGUUGGAGAAACGUUAUGCGCUCGAUGCAGUUGAGAAAGCUAAUUUGCAAAAAUGCCUUGACAGCAUGCAACAUUGCAUUAAAGUAACAUCACGCCAAGGGCUGGUUGAAAGACUUGAGAGUCUAUCGCGUCAGCUGGGCCUCAAGUUCAUGGAAGAUACAUCGGGUUUGUUUAUUUCAACCGAUAUGUUCUUUUUGGAAAUAAUUUUGGACGCUAACGGCGCACUUACCGAUGUCAAAGUGCAUCAUGAAUGCAAAAUUGAACAGCAGUCAUGCAGUGAAUUGGUAAAUUGUUUGAAUCGGGGAGACUUUGCCGAUUUCACUGUGCAGUUGGAGGGUUUAUCAUCCAUCUAUCAAUUGAAUGCAGAACCCAAAGUCAAAACGAAGGCUUUUGUUGCCUUACAAGCAAUGGAAACCGACUUAUAUAAUCUUUUUCAAAUGCAAAAUUUCACAAAAGAUUCGCAGCAAUUGGUCAAAGCAUCUUCAGUAGGUUUAGUGCUUAAACGACGUGGUGGUCAUCCAAUGAAGCUUAUCUAUUUCGUAUCACCUUAUGAUCUUCUAUCACUGGAUACCAAGUCGUUGCAACCGCUCACUACCGAUUUGAUUACAAGCAAAGAUGUUGGCUUCAGUGUGACAGUGAACCUGGAGGCUUCAUCAGCGAAUAAAUUGCAAAUAUUACCGAUUGUUAGCGUAACUAAUGAUCCACAGACCGGCAUUGAUAUACCAAUAUAUGCUCCGUUGAAUCAGCAAAACUCCAUGCUCUUGCCCGCCACAUUUGUGCUACGUCUAAACAAACCAUUGCCUGUGUGUCAUGCCACCUUGAGAGCUUUGGGCCUGCCACUUGGCGUUGCAUCUGACGGCGCAACCGGUUUGGAUUCACCAGACAAAAAAGACGUUGUCAUAUCGUCGAUUAUGAAUUUGGUAGUGCAAACCGCUUCAGAGCAACAGUUAAAAAACUCACAGAAAGGUCUCUUUGUGAAUUUGCCGGAUCAGACGCAUUGCUACUUCUUCACGGAGAAUAAACAAUUGCAGGCUACCCUUGUUUCCUCCAUACCUUUUACGGAGCCUAUGCAAGUACCGAAAAUUUUAGAUUUUCUAAAACGUCAGGCGCUUUUCUACACACUCUUGGCUAGUUGUGUACGUACACAGUCCAAAAUGGGUAAUGAUAUGGAAUCCACCACCAUACUCGAAGUCAAUGCCAUUUCCUUUCAACAAAUCAGUGUUUCACUGCAACAUACCUUCGAGGAAACAAUGGCAACUCUUGAGUUCGAUUUACGUGACGGCAAUGUAAAGUGUGCACUCUACUCGCUAACACACAACUACGAUCUGCUGUCGUUGAAGCUUACAAAAGUUGUGGAAAAGUGUUUGUCCAUACCGGUGACCAUACGUGCGUUACUCAAGUUUUGGGAUCAAGAAACGAUGAGCAUGUUUCAGCGCACUAUCGGUGGUGGCGUUGGCGGCGGCAUGGGCGGUUUAGGUGGUACGGGCCCUUGCGGUAGCACUGGCAAUGCUGGUUAUGGAAAUUUUAGUAUGGUCAUGGGACCUAAUGAUUCGGGCGGUGGUGUUGGCGGUAGUGCCGGCAUGCGUGGCAGUGGCGUUAAAAUGGAACAACAACAACAACGACAACAACAACAACAAAUGUCCAAUAUGGCUUCCGCAACGACGACCAUGGGUGGUGGUGCUGGUGGCGUUGGUAUGAAUGCAGCUUGCAAUAGCGCUGCCGGCAUUGCAGGGUUUCUGCAAUAUAAAAACGAAGUGAAGCAGGAGGAUUUUCAUGAUAGCCCAAAGAGUCAAAUGCAAAAUAAUUUAGCUUUCCAUGCUGCUGCUGAAAGCAGCUCUUUGGGCAGCGCACAUCAGCUACAGCAAACGCAGCAGCAACAGCAACAACUACAACAAACCGCAUCACCGCAUGAUCAAAAUACCAUUGGCAAUCAAACGGAAAUCGAAAUAGCUGAUAAGUACAAGAACAUUUGGAUGGAUAAAACAAAUUUGAAGAAUUGCGUCAGCAUAACACCAAUUUCACCGGAUAGUAAUAGCAGAGGCGCCACACAACAACAAGGCGUAGAUGUGAAACGCUCCGUCGGCAUAGAAAUUAUUCCAUUGACUGCAGCAAAUGGCGCCAAUGCAAGCGGCGCUUCAAUCACAUUGCCCGGCGGCACGAAUGUUCCGCAAACCGGCGUCAACGCCUCAUCCACUAUCACUAUAACGCCCAUUAACACCGUGACCAAUACGAAUAUUAAUGCCAAUAAAGAUAAAAAAUCGAGCGGCGUGACAGCUGUGGGCAGUGCCGGUUUAAAUACCGGACCGAAUAUGUCUACGGUGAGUGGCAAGCGUCCAUUGGACGUAACUUCAACCAAUGAUACGCAAAAGGAGAAGAAACGUAAAAAGAAGCGCGAUGAUUCACCCAUGGGUCCACCGGAAAAAGUAUAUUCGCGUCAAAAUUCACCUGCUGCCACCAACGAGACCGCUGCCACAGUGGCGGCGCGCAAAUUCUCAUCACCUUCCUCCUCACCAAAAGGUGGCAGCGGUAGCAGCAUGCUAAGCGGCGCUAACACUGGCGCUGCCGGCAAUGCUGCGCUGCUUUCGACACGUCCCAGCCCGAAACAUUCGCCCGUCUAUAGCAGUCCGAAGCAUUCGAAUACCGCCUCCAAUAGUCCGAAGUCACCGUUCGGCACGCAUUCGCCAAAGCAUGGGUCUUCGGGUAAGCCGAGUAUGUCGACACUGAAGAGUGCCACAGCGACCAGUCUAAGUCCGAAAGGCGAUAAAAGCGGUUGUGGUGCCGCAAGCAGUUUAGUUGGCAAUGCGGCGGCCGGUGUUGCGGCUGCUAAUGCAGUGAAAGCAGCUAUGGGUGUAGGUGUGGUUGGUGGCAUGCAACAAAUGAAGUCUAUCAAUCAUUUAGCGGCACCAACAGCGUUGAAUACGUCUGCUGGUGGCUAUAGUGGCGUGAACAAUAUGAGUGGCGGUGGCGCUGGUGGUGUUAGUGGCGGUGUUGGCCAGCUAUUGAGUGGUAAUGGUGCGCCGGGUGGCAUGGAUAUGAAUGCGGCAGCUGUUGCAGCAUCACAAGUGGCAGCUAUGCGCAAAGUGGUGAGUGGCGCGGUUAGUUCGACGGCGUCAACGAUGUCAGUCGCGUCAACAACAGCAACAGCAACGCAAGCGCUCCCGGGAGCGCCAGUGUCGGCACCGCUCCAACACUCACCGCCGGACAUUGGCAGCAGUGAGUCGAAGAGCGGUGGACGUGCCGAGUCAACACAGCAAUUCAAUUCAACCGAAUAUAUGGUGAAACCGAGCCAGGAGGGCUUGAAGCUGACCAUCAACAAGACGAGCGGUGCUGGCAAAACCAGUAUUAGUAACAACAACGCCAACAGUAACAGCAACAGCAGUAGUAGCAGUGCUAACACGGCUACUGCAGCCAACGCCACCACAACAGCUGGGAAGGGUUUAAAAACGGGUAGCGGUUCAACUAAAAAACAACAUACGGGUCUCAAACCGGGCGUUAGCAGUGGACCGGCCUCUAAGAAGUUAGCGUCAGCCAAGUCACCGUCCAAGAAGGGUUCCAUAUCUAAACAUCCCUUUCAAAAGUCAAACUCAUCGGGAAGCUUGUCAAUAAAAUCAACCAAUCCCACUGGUGGCUUGACCAAAAGCUACAGCACAAAUUCAUUUGGCGACCUGGGCGCUAGUGGCGCCACAGCACGUAAGUCCACCAAGAAAUCUGCUGCUUCGUCGUCGUCAACGUCGACCGCAAACACGAACGCCAAUGCAACCGCAACUACUGCACCUGCCACACGCUUGGACCACCAAGCGGACAUGUUGAAAAUACUACAAUAUGCUUCACCGGCAAUGGCGGCCAACAUGGAGGGUUUCAUGAAGGGCUUCAAUAGUAAAUUUCAAAUACCGAAAUUAUCGCAACGCGCCGCCAACCUCGCAAAUGGCUCACAAUCGGCACCGACUACGCCGACUGCACUCUCGCCUGCUUUGAGUAGUGUUAACAGCACGACGGGUGCAAAGGUUGAUAACCCUGCCAACGAAGCCCUACAAUCGCUACACAAUACGCAACAACAACAACAGCAACAAAAUGUUACAACAAUGCAUUUGAGCGCUAAUUACCAUUUGGCACAAAAAACCGAAGGCUUACAAAUGCAUUACGCUAAUCAUCAUCGUCAACAGCAGCAGCAACAGCAACAACACACGCAAAUGCAUAAUCAGCUUACGCAGCACCAGACAGCCUUAACAGUUGACUACCAUCAUCAAGCGUCGGCUGUCGCUCAAUCCAUGGACGAGUCGUCGUUUAUGCCGAACGCUGCUGCCGCGUCGUCGGCUGGAUACGGUGGUAAAUGACAUUACUUAGUUACAUUUAAAUUUUUUAUUUGUAAGUUCCAAGUAUUUGUGUAUUAUUUUAAAUUGUAAUAAUUAUUUUACCGAUCCACCUCGUUGCUGGAGUCCAAUGAGGUUAAGUUAAAGUCUUGGCCACCACUUAAAGAUUAUUAGCAUAUUUGUUACUGGAAAUUCGGUCUGGUUUUGUAUGGCAUAACGCUAGGUAGGUCUGAUAAUUGAAUUCUAUGUUAAAACUAUUCAAGUCAUAUGUUGUUCAAUUAUUCGAGAUACCGUCUGUUUUAGAAACGCUUGCAAUUAGCUCUUACUCUUAGCAUUCGAAGCGUUUAUUCGAACGAAACGACUUAGUUUUUCGACUUUCUAACCCUGAAAGCAAAGUUUGACUUUAUUGCUGUUAUUGUGCCAGCAAUUAGCAUAUCAUUUACAAUCUACAAGCAUCUAACACCAACAAUUUUGUUCCAAAAAUGUAACACUAUUAAGUUCAAAUUGUUUUUGCUCGAAGAUGGCUCAUAGGUAGAGGGCUCGAUUUUGUUGGUCUGGGACUUGCUCUAAAAUUAAUCCAUAGUAUGGAAAGAAAGUCAGAUUAUAAGUCGAUUUUGAUCUGUAAUUGUUAGAGAUUUGAGAAAUGCUGUUGAGUAGAAAGAUCCUAGUCGAAUAUGAAUUGGGUCCGCUGCUGUUAUGUAGAUACGACUAUUCUUUGAGAACAGUUAAUAUAUUCUGGAUCUCCCCAUUCAUUUGAUUAACCUACGGCUCACCUCCAUCAGUCCAGUUAUAGUUGGUCUCCUUGGAACUUGAUUCGUUUCUGCAUUGACAUGAACUUGAUGUUUAGACGCUAGAAAAAAAGAAAAAGAAGCAUGCUGUUAACUAUCAUUGUGGCGCAGUGUUUUUAAAGACCGAACGAUAGCUUUGUUAGUUAUAAAUAGGAUCUGAAAGCUUCUUAGCUCUUGUUGUUGUUAUAGCGGGAAACAAAUAUUCCUGAGUUUUCAGUCCUUAGUGGGAUAAAAAUCCGGUUCCGUUCCAGUUACGUAGACCCUAGUGUUGGGUGGAACGGUUAAUUUCUUAGUUAAUUACUUUGGGAAAUCGGGUUAUCGGGUUAUCCAAUAUUUUCUCAGAUCCAAAUUAAAUACCCAAACACAUUGUUCUUUAUAAAACCGAUCACUUCUUGAAAACUUUCAUAAAUAUUUUUCGGAAACGAGUUUCCAGUAACAAAAUGCAUGUUGGUACUUAAAAUUUGAAAAUUAGUAAAAUCAACGAAUCUAAUUAAGUGAGGCAACACUCCGUUAUGUGCAUAAUAUAUUAAGAUACAUGUUUUAUCCAACAUUAACUAUAAAUAAUAAAAACUGCACUGAGAAAAAUUCAUAUCUUUCAGUGCGAAUUUUGAAUGCCUAAAAGUAUGCAAUAUUUUUUCAAAAUUUGUUUUUUUUUUUUCAAAAUAGUAUAUGUAUAUCAAUCAUUAUUAUUAUAACCUUGAAAUUAUAAUUAUUUAAUCUAUUUUCGUAUACCAUCAAGAAAACAACCACUCACACAAGCAUUCUUGAAAAAUAUUUGUCAAGAAAUUGUUAGUUUAAAAAUAUCGUUUCGCUUGUUUCUUGCUCUAUUGUAUUUACAAUGCUCACAUUUUAGUUUAGAAUUGAUAUUUUUAAUGGCAUGUAAGAGAUAACUGUUUGAGUUCUUACUUAACAUAUAUGAAGAUCUUUCUCAAAGAUUACACGUGUCAGGUAACAAAGAACCUCUGGCUUCGUUUAUGCCUUACUUUUGGCGAAUCUCAACGUUUAAUCCCUUUCCCUUUGAUUUUGGUUUCUACAAAAGGGAUACCAACGGAACGCUUUAUUGGAACAUAUUUGAAUGUUCGCUUAGAAAUAAAAUAUACACAAAAACAUCCAAAAAUUGCAGGUGACCUUCAAAAAAUACUGAAUAAAAUGGCUAUACAAGCCGUCUCGAGUAUUUCGUAGUGCUCUUUGAGGCUAAAAAUUACUGGUUAUUGACCUCUAUUUUCAGUAAGAUGCAUCUUGUAUAAGUAAUGUCCUUUCGUGUGAAAAUACCGAUUAAGAAAGCAUUCAUACAAAAUAUAUUCUGUUGCAGGCAGAACUUGAGUAUCGAUUUCAGAAGCAUUCCUCGAACAAUCAGAGUUGAAAUCUGAUCUCUCUGAAAAUUGAACUUUCUGAAGCGUUCAUCCUUCAAAUAGUCGGUUAUGAAAGGAAUUCUUUCAAGAAUGUAGUAGUAUAUGUCCUUCUAUUGUUCAAAGGUCUAUAAAUAAAAUUAGUCUUUGGAAAUGUAUGUAUAUACUUGCUUCUUUGCCUAUGUCAUAUCUGUCACUAAAGUGACAUUUAAGAAAGUGUUCACCCAUUAAACCCAUUACACAGCUGUAUUACUAUAUGUUCUGGGUAUAUUAGCAUAUCUUAAAGACAAUCUGUUUUGGAUAAACACACUAGUACUUUUUCCUUAUCUUAAGGAUAAUCUCUUACGCAGGCGACGUUUAACCCAAAAACCUAUAACACGGCAGUGGACUAAGGAAGGGGCUGCGUAAAUUCGGGGGAAGCUUAUGUUGGUGUUAUCGCCGUAUCUCGUAAGAAUUAAUUGUAAUCCUUUCAGAGAUUUAAAGUGUUAAAGAUAGUCUGAAGAAACAAAAUAUUAGUUUUUACCUUGACUGACUUUAAUAAACCUUUUUAGAUAAAUUUGUUAUGACUGAAAGUGGUAGCGAUUAUUGUCCAAUGUGACUAGGUAUUGCAAGCUUGAUCUUAAUGAAAAUUAAAGCGACAAAGCAAUAUGUAUUGACAAUUUUUAUUUUUAAUUUAAUAUUUUUAAAUCGAAUAUGAAUAGAAAUAUUUUUUAAACAAAAAAAAUCGAUGACAAAAAUCGAUCAAUUGCGUUCAAUGACGAUAUAGUUAUCGAGAGCGCUUUAAGGGACUGCGUUUUAUAUUUUUGAACAGCCGUUAUACUGAAAAAUACGAUUUUUGUAUAUACGAUACGCAUUUUUUAUAUGGAAAUAUAUCUUGUACAAAGAAAUCGAUAACAAAAAUCGACUCUUUGCGUUCAAUGGUGUUAUGUCGAUAUGGUUAUUGAGAGUGUCUUAAACUUGCUCUUAUGCAGUCAGUUUCAAUAUGUUUGCGACUAACUAGUGAUAAAUAAAAUGUAUGUCGAUAAUUUUGCCCGACAUAAGUUGUUAUCGCAAAACAUAUUAAUUACAAUUUAUUUAUGUUUUUGAACAGAUUGGUGUUUUAUCUAUUAACAAUUGAUUUUUAAAUAUAUGGACUUACAUUUUUUCUACCGAAUCUUAUGUUGGUACUAAAAAAUCGUAUUAAAAACGAUUAUUAUGCGAUGAAUGGUGUUAUAUCGAUCUAAUAAUGCUUAAAUAGUUGCUGUUAAGCCAGCAGUUUUUAAUAUAUCUAUGUAGGACCGUUUUCUGUGUCUGCCAUCUGUUUUUUCUUAGCAGUCAUCUAUCAGUUAAGUUCUGGUAAACUUAAUCAAGACUCCUUCUUUCGAUAAAGAACCUUUUUUUUUGAACAGAACUUAAUUGACAGCUGACACCUGAUCAGACAUGCAGAAAACGGCGCUUAAUUUUAUUAUCAGUAUUUUGUACUAUAAUUAUAUAACCAAAAAUUGUUAGUGGUUUUGAAUAUUUUGUGAAUUUUUGAUAGCAUACUAAUUAAUUAACAAAGUUCGUGUAGUCUUUCUCAUAUUCUCCAAAAUGUUUUUCCAAAUUUGAUUAAAUUAUUAAAAAAAAAGUAUGCAAACUAGCACACAAAAUAAUUUUAUUGCGUUUCGUAUAUAGAAUUUCCAUUUCAGAAUAAAACGCAGAAAAUUUGUCCUUCUAAAACAUCACACAAAUUGUUAAAUUGCUGUUUAUUAUUUAACGAUAACCAUUCUACUAUCUAGCCUUAACAAGCGAUACAAAUAUUAUUAAAAUAUUACUAUUUAUAUAAAAAUUGUAUUUAAAUAAUAAAAUUGAAAUUUUCUGAUAGAUUUUGGACUGAAACGGCUGGGCUAGAAACAAAAUUGAGUACAAAAAUUAAACGAAAAAUAUGAUUUUUGUAAAUUGUAUACCAAAACACACUUACACAACUAUACAUACGCAUUUAAAUGCAAAACAUUGUAAAAUAUAAUCAAUAUUAUUAUUAAGAAUAUUGAAAUUAUAUUAAAUUUUAAAUAUUGCGCAUCCGUUAUAAUACACCCUACUCUUUUUUUACACGGUAGAUACGUUCCUCAGAAAUCCGUGUAAAAAAACCGUGUAAAAAAAGAGGCGUUUCCUAUAGAAAAAGGGGGGAUACGUUCCAUGUCAACUGAAAACCGUGUAAGAUUAAAUAAGGAGCUAUAUUUACUUCGAAAAACCGUGUAAAAAAUGUUGAAAACUAUAAAAUUUCGGACGUGCAUACAAAUUGUAUGUUCAUAUGACAUUUUAUUGAACAUUAAAACUUAAAAUACAUAAUUCAUACAGGUGAAAAAUUGGUAGAUUAAGCAAAAAACAAAAGAAAUCUGGUAAUCCAGAACUAAGAACAGAAAAAUUAGAAUAGAAAUAAGGAAAAACUAUUAACAUUGGUACAUAAUUAUUAUUAUUAUUUGAUAACAAGCGCCAUUGUUUGUGACGAACUGGACUAAAGUCCAUUUCAGCAAUGUAAAUAUCAUGCGAACAAAAUGUGUAGAUAAGAGUUAUAGAAUAAGGGGAUUUCCUAGUUACUACUAUGUAUGUUCAUUUCAGCAAUGGUGCUAAGUGUGGUAAAAACAAACAUAAUUACAAGACAGUGAUUAAAAGCCGUAGUAGAUUACAAUUUUUAGAUUUUUACAAAUAAAAAAUUUUUCUCAACCGUGUAAAAAGAAACCGUGUAAAAAAAGAGUUGGGUGUACAGAAAAAAAGCAUCAUUGUUGAAAUAUUAGUUAAGUUCGAAAGCAAAUUAUUACUGGCAAUAACUGUAAAAAAAAUAAAAACGAAUUGAAAAAUUUUUCAAAAACA